GCCUGGUCAAACAUAAAAAGUCGCCGCUACGCCGUGUUCUCCCCCACUCACCCGGAGACACAAGACAGAGCACCUCACAAACGAGGACAAGACCCACUCAGGCAAAAUGGUGAAAGUUGGCAUCAAUGGAUUCGGCCGCAUCGGUCGUCUGGUGACCCGCGCUGCCUUCCACUCCAAGAAGGUCGAGAUUGUGGCCAUUAACGACCCCUUCAUCGACCUGGAGUACAUGGUCUACAUGUUCAAGUACGACUCCACCCACAGCCGCUUCAAGGGUGAAGUCAAGGUUGAGGGCGACAAGCUGGUCAUCGAUGGACAGAAGAUCUCCGUCUUCCACGAGAGGGACCCCGCCAACAUCAAAUGGGGUGAGGCCGGAGCCGAGUACGUGGUGGAGUCCACUGGUGUGUUCACCACCAUCGAGAAGGCCUCUGCUCAUCUGAAGGGCGGUGCCAAGAGGGUGAUCAUCUCUGCCCCCAGCGCAGAUGCACCCAUGUUUGUGAUGGGCGUCAACCACGAGAAGUACGACAACUCCCUGAAGGUUGUCAGCAAUGCUUCCUGCACCACAAACUGCCUGGCUCCUCUCGCCAAAGUCAUCAACGACAACUUCGGCAUCAUUGAGGGUCUGAUGAGCACAGUCCACGCCAUCACAGCCACCCAGAAGACUGUGGAUGGACCUUCUGGAAAACUGUGGAGAGACGGACGUGGUGCCAGCCAGAACAUCAUUCCCGCCUCCACUGGAGCCGCCAAGGCUGUGGGCAAAGUCAUUCCCGAGCUCAACGGAAAACUGACCGGCAUGGCUUUCCGUGUCCCCACACCCAACGUGUCUGUGGUUGACCUGACAGUGCGUCUGGAGAAGCCCGCCAAGUAUGAGGACAUCAAGAAGGUGGUGAGAGAUGCUGCCAACGGUCCUCUGAAGGGUGUUCUGGGAUACACAGAAGACCAGGUUGUGUCCACAGACUUCAACGGUGACACUCACUCCUCCAUCUUUGACGCUGGUGCCGGCAUUGCCCUGAACGACCACUUUGUCAAGCUGGUCACAUGGUACGACAAUGAGUUCGGUUACAGCAACCGCGUCAUUGACCUGAUGGCCCACAUGGCGGGCAAGGAGUAAGCUCCGCCCCCAUUCGCCUGACCUCAGUCCACAUUCAAAUACCAGAAACUGUAAACCGUGAUGACUGCUGACCCCAUGUGAAGCCUGAGCAAAGGUCCCACUCAAAGAUUCAAAAUGGUGACCAAUUGUUUUGUUUUUUUUAUUGAAGUUGAAUUCCCUAUUCUGUUCUUGUGUACGAUGGUGAAGGAGUGAGUCUUCUGCCAAUGGUGGAAUAAAAGUCCUCUGUUUGUGAGAAAA